AUGCACAUGGGAAGGCUGCACAUGGAAAUUCGCCAGAUCCGACGAGCUCACCCGCCAUUUCCGGAAACACACUGGUAUCAAGCCCUUUAUGUGCUCGGACUGUGA